CAUCAGUCCCCCAAAGAACACCACUGCCCUUUCCAGCAGCAACCCACAUGAAACCUUCUCCUCCUCCUCCCCUCCCUGUAUCUCCUUCCACCUCCUCUUCUUCAAACUCGUCCACAUUCUCCUCCUGCGAUGUGCUUCAGGUGAGCAAGCCCAAGAAACCCAGGCGCUCCAAAAGAGCUCCUGCCACUGCCAUCGGCAAUGGCGGCGACAACGGGAAGCGGAGCUCUGCCUUCAGAGGAGUCACAAGGCACCGAUGGACAGGGAGAUUCGAAGCUCAUCUCUGGGACAAGCAUUGCUGGAACCCCAUCCAGAACAAGAAGGGAAGACAAGUUUAUUUGGGUGCUUACGAUGCCGAGGAGGCUGCGGCCCGCACCUACGAUCUUGCGGCGCUCAAAUAUUGGGGUCCAGAAACAGUCCUAAACUUUCCUCUUCAGACAUACGCCGAAGAGUACGAGCAGAUGCAGAGCAUGUCCAAAGAAGAGUACUUGGCUUCGCUUCGGCGCAGGAGCAGCGGGUUCUCGAGAGGCGUCUCCAAGUACCGUGGGGUUGCCAGGCAUCAUCACAAUGGCCGCUGGGAGGCCAGGAUCGGCCGAGUUCUCGGCAACAAGUACCUCUAUUUAGGAACUUUCAGUACGCAGGAGGAGGCAGCCCAAGCCUACGAUCUUGCUGCUAUAGAGUACAGAGGCCCCAACGCAGUGACCAACUUCGACAUCAGCUGCUACAUGAAAUGCCCGCAGAAGCCUCUCCUCCCGAAACCCGAGCCACAGCCGCCGCAGGAGGAACAGAGAUCCGAGGAGCUCAUCGAUCAAACACCAGGAGAUGAGAGCAUGAUGGAGAUCCCUUGGACCCCGUGCAUGGAUCACGGCUUCAGCAUCUAUCCGGACCACCACGCCGGCCUCCACCGGACGGACUACCUGCACGGCUUUCUGGACGGUGGCGGCUUCGAGGACAACAUCGAGUGCCUGUUCGAAGGAUCCGAGGCAAACGAAGGCACGGACGGUGGCGGAGGCGAUGAGGCUCGUGAUGCAGGGAAUGCGGACAUCUCGAUUGCAACGCAAGCUGAAGAGGUUGGCGAAAUGGCUUCUUGUCAGAUGAACUCAGUCUCCUACGCUUCCCCAAUUAGCAUAUGUUCUUAGGAUUCGCGUUGAAGGGUGUACUGUUGUGUGUUUUGACUUGGACUCGGAAAACUUUGACUUUUGUGGUAGGUGGUGCAGGUAGUAGUAGUAGUAGUACUCUGGUACUGGUCCUCUGAACUUUUUAGGAAAAGGAGUUCAUUUUGUUCUCAUGUCUUGUUUCAUUUUCCCCACCUCUUUUGUUUUCUUGUGCGUGCAGCUCAUGAAAUCUUUAGUACAGAACUACUGUAA